CUUAACAUUGAAUAUUCCAAGAAAAUGGAGGGAGUAUGAACAAAUUCUACCAUUUUGGGGUGCAAUUUUAAUUUACAAAAAAAUUUGAAAACAUAUUUCAGUUAUUGUUAAGCGGGAAUUGAAAAUGGAAAUCUGUUUAGUUUACUCUGCUUUGCAAAUCCCAAUUCUAUCCGCCAUCGUUGCUCCUGUAAACCAUGAGAAUCAAACACAUCGCUUCCAAGAAACCAAGGAGUAGAAGUCCUCGUCAUAAGAUUUCCGCAGCAACUCCAUCGACUCCUGCUACACCACAAUCGACUUCUCCAACUCCAAGAAGAAAAUCGAAUGUUACUCCUGCUACUCAAAAGAAGAAGGCCCACCGUUAUAGGCCGGGAACUGUGGCGCUCCGGGAAAUACGAAAAUAUCAGAAAUCUUUUGAGCUGUUGAUUCCUAUUGCGCCCUUUGUUCGACUCGUCAAGGAGAUAACUCAUCAUUUCUCACCUAAUAUUGGUCGUUGGCAGGCUGAAGCCCUGGUUGCCCUUCAACAGGCCUCAGAAGAUUUGAUUGUUAAUCUAUUUGAAGAUGGUAUGCUUUGUGCUAUUCAUGCCAAACGAGUUACACUCAUGAAAAAGGAUUUGGAGCUUGCCCGAAGGAUCGGUGGAAGAGAAAGGGGAUGGUGAUGAUCAUUCUUACUAAUAUUUAUUGAGUAACAAUUGUAUUAGCAUAUGAUUUGAUCAUUCUUAUCAAACAGAAAUCUUUCUGCAUCGAGAAUCAAGUGCUGGUCAUACCCAUAAAGAAUUUCUCAUCACUGCUUGAGACUUGACAGGAGAUGCUUCCACUAAUAGACUGUAUCAUCAAACUUGUAAAGAAAUGUUCAAAUAUUUAGUGGUCUGAAUUUUUACAAUUAUAAGUAUUUAUUAUUAUAAAGCCAUUUCAUAAGAUGCUACUUAUUUUAAGUAGUUUUUAAUUAACAUAGCAUUGCUUUGGAUGAGAUGUUUUGUUUGUCCAGCGUCAUUGAUGAGUUACCAUUUGGUCGAAAAGAUGGAGAAUUGGAUUUUGUUUUAAUUGGAGCAGGUAUUAUAUUUUCUAGAUUUGCAACGAAUAAAGGGCAUGCAUCAGAUGGCGCAAUUGGGAAUGUUUUGAGACCAUGAGUCAUCACAAUUUUUUUAUGGUUGGAUUUGGAUCUAGCUAACACCCUUUAAGGUCCAUGCAGGGCAUUAUUAGUUGACAUGGCUACUAGGUCUCAAGCCAAAACCUGUAAUUCUAGGGUUUCACUCGAAGAUUGAUGCUCCAAGGUCAUGAUAAUUUGACCCAAUUAUUCUCUGUUUUGGCUGUUUUGAAUUGGUUAAGCACGAUUUGGAACUAAAUUGAAGAACGGAAUCUAGCACUCAAGUGAU